AUGAGGGCGGUGCGCAACAAAGCCAAAACUUGCCACGCAUUGUUUCUACCUCUUUCCCCCUCAUGCUCCUCUCCCUCCAUCUCCUCACAACCUCGUCCCUUCUCAGGCCUGGAUGCCAGGGCAGCGGCCAUAGUGAUGAGGGCGGUGCGCAACACUGUGAACACGGGCCGCACAGUCGUGUGCACCAUCCACCAGCUAUCCAUCGAUAUCUUCGAGGCCUUUGACGAGGUAACAGGCAGAUAUGAUCUGCUGUUGAUGCAGAGGGGAGGAGAGGUCAUCUACGCGGGGUCACUGGGGAAGCAGUCAUGCGACCUCGUUCGCUACUUCAAGGCCAUCCCAGGGGUGCCGCCCAUCCAGCCCGGGGCCAACCCAGCAGCGUGGAUGCUCGAGGUCACAGCGUCAGCAUCAGCAGAGCGACUCAGAGUCGACUUUGCUCACCUGUUCCUCCAAUCCGACCUGUUCAGGUCAAUUCAGGCCUUUUUCCAACUCCUCCGGCUUACCCCUCUUUUCUCCCUUACCCUGUUCUCUCCCUUGCCUUCUCUCCCUUGCCCGCGUCUCUCCCUUACCCUCUUCUCUCCCUUGCGCUCUGCGCUCUUCUCUCCCUUGCGCUCUUCUCUCCCUUGCGCUAUUCUCUCCCUUGCGCUCUUCCCUCCCUUGCCCUCUUCUCUCCCUUGCUCUCUUUCCUCCUUGCCGUCUUCUCUCCCUUGCCCCGUUCUGUCCAUAGAGGCUCUAAUCUACGAAUCCAGCAUGUUCCCCAAAGGGGAACCAGAUCUUCACUUUCCAACUCACUACCCGACAACACUGCUCUCGCAGUUCGCCACCCAUGUGUGGAAGCGGCACCGCAUGUACUGGCGCAUGCCCGACUACAACGACGCGCGCCUCUUCUUCUCCUUCGUCAUGAGUCUCCUCAUUGGCGGCGUCUUCUUCGGCUCUGGAAAUUCACGGGAGACGCCGCAGCAGAUUGUGAACGUCAUGGGGGCACUCUACACUGCUGCUCUCUUCCUCGGGUGGAGCAAUCUUGCAUCCAUCCAGCCAAUGCUUGCGGUGGAAAGGAGUAUUUAUUACCAUGAGCGCGGUGCCGAGAUGUACAGUGCUAUCCCGUAUGCACUCGCGCAAGGGGUGAUUGAGCUACCGUACCUACUGGUGCAAACGGUGGUGUACUCGCUAUUAACGUACUGCAUGAUUCUGUUUGAGUGGACGCCCAGAAAAUUCUUGUGGUACCUGCUGUUCCAGUUCCUCACACUGCUCUACUUCACGUGUUUCGGCAUGAUCGCAAGUGCCAUCACGCCCGCUGAAGGGCUGGGAAUGCUGUUCUCGGCCUUCAUCUACUCCUUCUGGAACCUUCUCUAUGGUUUCCUGCUGCCGCAACCAGAGAGUGCCGUGCUCGUUGCUCUCUGUUGUCGCUUCUCAAGUGGCGAUGGGGCAAGAUUACCGUGGCAUACCCUUAAAAGUCUGGGAGAUGUAACGACACUGGUGGUGAAUCCACCAAGCAUGCCAGAUCAGACGGUAUCGCAGUUCAUCCAGCUCUACUACGGCUUCUCCCACGACUGGCUAGGCUAUGCCGUUGUUGCCCUGCUCGGCUUCUCCUGCCUCUUCUUCUAUGUGUGCACCUACGCCCUCCGCAAUCUCAACUUCCAAAUGCGAUAG